AUGGCAGUCUCGUUAGCUCUACGGCUGGUCGUCGGGGCCGGUCUGCUGUUCGUGGUGGCCUCUCUCUUAUCGACCCUUGUCAAAAGGAAGAACGAGAAGUUGUGUCUCCCGCCAGGACCGCCGGGAGAACCGCUCAUUGGGCAUCUUCGAAUCAUCCCAGCAGACCACCCGGAAUACCAAUACACAGAAUGGGGCAAACAGUACAAGUCGGAUGUUUUGCACCUGAACGUCCUGGGACGAUCGAUCAUCAUCCUGAACAGUAUUGAAGCCGCGCACGAUCUGCUCGACAAGAGGGGCCAGAAUUACGCUGACCGACCCCGAUUCGUUCUCUUUGAAGUAAUGGGGUGGGGCAUCACCUUGACCUUCCUACGAUGGGGCCCGAAGUUCAAACUGCACCGCAAGCUGCUCCAGAGUUCCUUCACCCCGUCGGCCUGCAAGCCGUACCGACCGAUCCAGGAGCAAGAGGCGCGCAAGGCCGCUCUCGAGAUCCUCUCCCAGCCAGGAGACUGGGAAUAUCUGUUGCGAAAGUACUCGACGGCGGUGGUGCUACGGAUCGGGUUUGGACUGGGCAUCAGCAGCGCGGACGACCCGUAUGUGCGGAUGGCGAUCGACGCCGAAGAGGCCACGGGCAACGGCGGCGUCCCGGCAGCGUCGUUUGUGGAUUUCUUCCCCGUGCUGCGCUUCCUGCCCGGCUGGCUGCUGAGCAGUCGUCUCGGCCCGCUGGAACACGCGCGUCAGUCCAAGGCGUACAUCCAGCGCCUGCACGACGCGCCGUGGGACUCGACCGAGCCGGAGAUCCGCGACGGACGCGCCGUCCGGCCGUCGUUCAUGCGCACCCAUCUGGAGCGGUACAUGCGGAACGAGGAGUCGGGCCAGGCCAACGAGGCCAGCAUUGCCGACCUCAAGGGCGCGGCGGGCGCCAUCUCCAUCGCGGGCGGGAACACCACCUGGUCGACGAUCGUGGUGUGCAUCAUGAACAUGCUGCUUCGGCCGGCGGUGCAGAAGAAGGCGCAGGCGGAACUCGACGCCGUGGUCGGUCGCGAUCGGCUGCCGAGCUUCGACGACCGCGACAAGCUGCCGUACCUCGAGAAGAUCAUCCAAGAGACCACGCGCUGGUGUCCGCUGUCGCCGGUCGGCGUGCCCCACGCCACCCUGAACCACGACACCUACAAGGGCAUGUUGAUCCCCAAGGGCAGCGUCGUCUAUGCCAACGCGUACGCCAUGACCCACGACGAGAGGUAUUACAGCGACCCCGACGACUUCAACCCGGACCGAUAUCUCCCCCCGGACCAGGGCGGGAGGGGCGAGCCUCUUCCCGAGGGCCCCUUCGGCUUCGGGCGCCGCGUCUGUCCGGGACAGUAUCUCGCCACUGCCGGCGUGUAUAUUAUGAUGGCCACGCUGCUGGCCACCAUGGAUAUGAAGUGUCCUGUCGGUCCGGACGGGAAGGAUAUCCUACCAAAUGUGAAAUUCACCAAUGGUCUUUCCAAGUGA